CGGACGUGAGAGCAGUCAGCAUCUCGUUUCUCUCCUCAAUCACCACGAGUGGGCGUAUCGGACUUUCUCAGCAUCCAUCCAUCACCGGGCAGUCAUCUGCCGUCGUCGCUAGCGGGGACCACCUCGGGUUUUUCAUAUCGCUUGCAACCCUCCUUAGCGCAGCCUUCAAGCUGGAUAUUCGGAAUAGCUGGUGUUUCGGAAGUUGCAAUGGCUUAGCCCUGCCGGGGGACUCGAUUGAAUGCCCGUCUGUGCUUGGAGCCACCCGCCAAUUGCGCUGAUAUUGCAUUUGCUGAUUGGUGGUCGUGCUGCAAUCAACUUUCAUUAUAUCCUCCAUGGGUGGGUGGGUGCAUCUUAUAGCUGGCUCAUCACAACCACGUCCAGUCUGCCGUGUACAUGAUUAGCCUCAUCCCAAGUGCAAUGCGCGAAAGCCCAUCGAAGCUGUGAGAGUUGUACAACUUACCUCUUGUGCACGCCGUGUUUCAAGAACAUGUUGUGCUGUCCAAACACCGUUCCAACU